AUGGAAGGAACUUGUUUUCUCAGAGGGCAACCUCUUACAACAUUGCCUUCUCUUCCCAGACAACGCUUCCUUCUCCGAGGACUGAAGAACAAUCGAAUUGUCAAGUUUUCAGGUCUCAAGAAUCACCCGAGUUCUGGAAAGUCCAGAUUUUCUGAUCUUAGCAGCUUCAGCAGAGCUUCAGAUCCUAUUAAAGCAAGCUCUGCGGUAACGGAAGCAAACACUAAGAACAUAGGAUCCAAGGAAGAAGACCUUGUCUUUGUAGCAGGUGCUACUGGUAAAGUUGGUUCUAGAACUGUGAGAGAGCUACUGAAGCUAGGAUUUCGAGUUAGAGCUGGAGUUCGAAGCGCUCAGAGAGCAUCAAGUCUUGUGCAAAGUGUUAAGGAAAUGAAGCUACAGAACACAGAUGAAGGAACUCAACCUGUAGAAAAGCUUGAAAUUGUGGAAUGUGACUUGGAGAAGAGAGAUUCGAUACAGCCUGCGCUGGGAAAUGCAUCUGUGGUUAUAUGCUGUAUUGGUGCUAGCGAGAAAGAAAUCUCAGAUAUUACAGGACCUUACAGGAUUGAUUAUCUAGCCACCAAAAACCUUGUUGAUGCUGCAACAUCUGCAAAAGUUAAUAGCUUCAUUUUGGUGACAUCCUUGGGGACAAAUAAAUUUGGAUUUCCCGCUGCGAUUCUCAACCUAUUCUGGGGGGUUCUUUGCUGGAAGAGAAAAGCUGAAGAAGCGUUGAUUGCAAGCGGUCUCAACUACGCAAUAGUUAGGCCAGGAGGAAUGGAGAGACCAACUGAUGCAUACAAGGAAACUAAUAAUCUCACUCUUUCUCUAGAUGAUACAUUGUUUGGUGGUCAAGUCUCAAAUCUCCAGGUUGCGGAAUUGCUCGCUUGUAUGGCAAAGAAUCCUCAGCUUUCUUUCUCUAAGAUUGUGGAAGUAGUUGCAGAAACCACUGCACCAUUAACUCCAACGGAAAAGCUUCUUGAAAAGAUUCCCUCCAAACGUCUUUAUAAGCCUGCAGUACCAAAGGAAUCAGUUGCAGCCAAAGAGGUGAAACCAGUCCCUACCAAGCCUGUAGCUCAAGAACCAACAGCUCCCAAGGAGGUUGAAGCACCUGCCGAAGUCAAAGAUGUGAAACCUAGGCCGCUCUCUCCGUAUGCCGCCUAUGAAGACUUGAAACCUCCAACAUCUCCGAUUCCAAUUUCGACCACAUCACUUGGUGCCACCAAACCUAAGGAGGUUGUUGCCACAGAGGCUCCUGUCGAGACCAAUGUAGUUCCACCGCCAGAUAAUAUCUCAAAUGUCGCAGUGGAAGAGAAAGAAGAAGAAGUGAAGGAAGCUGAGGAAAAGAAAGAGAGGCCUCUUUCCCCUUAUGCCCGCUAUGACAAUCUAAAACCACCUUCAACCCCUACUCCUAAAGCUUCUGGUACCCGAAAGAGCGAUUCUUUGUCGCCUGCUCCAACCGAUUCUGAUACUGGCAAAAGCUCAACAGUUGAAACAAGUGUCACUGAGACAGAAGCACCAGCCACACCAAAAAUGAGACCUCUUUCUCCUUAUGCAGCUUACGCAGACCUGAAACCACCAACCUCACCGGUUCCUGCAUCAGCCGGUCCCAAGAAAACAACAUCCGCAGAAGAAAAAACAGAGUUGCCUGGAGGAAAUGAUGUGCUGGUAACAGUGGAUGGUGGUAGUUUGAACACGACUCAAUCUUCUUCUGUACCAGAAGCAGAAAUUGUUAGCAAUGGGACAGACACUUCCCUUACCUCAGAAGACAGUGCAGCUGAUCUGCCAAAGCCAAGACCUUUGUCACCUUACACAAUGUACGAGGACAUGAAGCCUCCAACAUCACCACUUCCAUCUCCGGUCAUUAAUCAUUAG